AUAAAAUAGUAUUCUUUUGGCUCAAAAUUCAAACACAUUUAUAUUUAUUUGGCAAAUUCAAAAUUUCAUUUUAUAAUAGAGAAAAAUUAAAAAAGUGUUUAAAAAUGUCUGAAAGUGAAAAUUCAAAAAUCAAUUUAGAUAAAAAUAUGAGUAAUAAAAAGAAACCCAGAUUGGAAAAAUUGUCUACGCCAAGAAAAAGAAUUGACAAUAGUGUAAGGUUAAAUGCUUUUCAGGUGAGACCAGGAGCAUUAACAUAUGAAAUAACUGAAAAUGUAAACAAAUUAGCUCAACCUAAAUUGCGAAACAUUUCUGAUAAGUUUAAAUAUUUCAGUCCAUCAUUUUUAUCAAUGACACCUCUAUUAAAACCGGAAAAUCUUGUUGAAAAAUCGCCAAUAAGUAUUGCGAUCAACGAAGGGAAUAAAGAUCAAAAACCAAAUAUUGAAACUUAUGCAAAAAUUACAGCAAGACGUAAAAGUAUUUAUCUUAAACGAUUGCAUGAUUUUUCAAAACCAAUGAAAAAAUCACUCGAAUUAGGAUAUGGAGGUGUUAAUUCUGAAAAUAAAUUUUCUCAACUAAUGAAAAACUAUUCAGGAAAAAAACGUUAGAAAAAUAUAAUUAAAAAAAUUAAGAGCGCACAUACACAGUUUUGAUUAAAUGAUACAAUAAAUAUUUCAGUUAAUUAAAUAUAUAUGUUCAAAAUGAUUUUAAUAAAUAUAGAAAGUGAUAAUUAAAAAAUAA